GUGUGACCUACCGCGCCCAGCCUAUUAACAUUUUCGAUGCAUAAGUGCCAAUACUGAUUUGGUGUUGCUAGUUGGUAAUCUUAAUCCUCCAAGGCCUGGCAAACACCUAGCUUUCUAACUCUGCCAUCUUCAAGGGAACUGAGGAAAAAAGACCAGUCAGUCGGCUUUUGCGCUAGUGUAGUACGACCUUAAAUAAGUCAAGGCGCCAUUUGUAGAAUAGUGGAGGGGGUCGGGCUAGAGAAAAUCAAGUUUUGGCUUGUUUAAGGGGAUCUGGAUUUCCUCAACUCUAAGAGUUGGGCUCCCCACCCCCAAAGGAGCGCCAUAGAGUUUGAGACCUGGAACUCAGUUUCUCCAUAAGGUAGAACGCACUUUAUGACUGCAUAUGCACCGUUUCCUAAACCCCAGGGGCUUUAGAAUUUGACCAAAAGAAAACCAAAAUUGUAAAACUGCUAUUUAUUUUCCUUUUCAUUUUCUGCCUUUGAGGGAGUUUCCAUAGUAACAUGCCCUUCCAGUCAUCUAGCCAGUAGAGAGGCUGCAGAACUCCGGCCUCAAAGAUCAGCUCUCCCAGAUGCAAGUAUCAUUAGGCUCUCAUUGGUUACCGCCAGCCGAGCCCCUCGUAACCCUGGCAAUACAGCCCGCCCACGAAUCGUCAAGCUACGAUUGGUCCAUAGCACUAAAGCCUGAAAGCAAAUUCCUCAGGCAUUGGCCCGAGUCACUGCGAUGCUGAUGCCGUGGUUGGUGAGUUUGGAGGUCAGUCAGAGUCGGAGGCAGGGUCAAAUAGGGAGAAAUGGCGACGGAGCUAGGCUGUGGGCCCAUCUUUGGAAAAAGAUCUGGGAACAAUUGUCUAGCCUCAAGGCUCAACUUACUUGGAGCUUGAGAGACUCAAAGCCUUAUGGACAGCUGCCCUGCAGAGAAGGUAUUUUGACCUUGGCAUUUGGACAUCUCCCAUCCCCCCAUGGCCCUAACAAUGCUGAAUGGGCUCCUGAUUAAGGACUCAAGCCCACCGAUGCUGCUGCACCAGGUUAGCAAGACUGCCCAGUUAGAUACUUUCAACUACCAGAGCUGCUUUAUGCAGAGUGUCUUUGACCAUUUCCCUGAGAUCUUAUUUAUCCACCGGACCUAUAACCCAAGGGGUAAGGUCUUAUAUACCUUCCUGGUGGACGGACCUCGGGUGCAGCUGGAGGGUCAUCUUGCCCGAGCAGUCUACUUUGCCAUCCCUGCCAAGGAGGACACUGAAGGCCUGGCCCAGAUAUUCCAGGUAUUCAAGAAGUUUAACCCAGCAUGGGAGAGAGUCUGUACCAUCCUGGUGGAUCCUCAUUUCCUUCCACUGCCCACUCUAGCCAUGGAGUUCCCCGCAGCUGAGGUCCUGCUCUCAGCCUUCCACAUUUGUAAGUUCCUCCAGGGCAAGUUCUAUCAGCUGUCCCUUGAACGGCCCGUGGAAAAGCUGCUCCUGACCUCCCUGCAGAGCACAAUGUGCUCAGCUACAGCAAGCAACCUGAGAAAGUUGUAUACACUCCUGAGCAACUGCAUCCCCCCAGCCAAGCUGCCUGAGCUCCACCCACACUGGCUGCUCAAUGACCGCAUCUGGCUGGCUCACCGCUGGAGAAGCCGAGCUGAGAGCAGCCGCUACUUCCAGAGCCUCGAGGUCACCACCCGCAUCCUCAGCCAGUUCUUUGGCACCACCCCAUCUGAGAAACAAGGUAUGGCUUCUCUGUUCCAUUACAUGCAGCAGAACUCUGCAGACAAGGCAAACUUCAACCCGGGACUGUGUGCCCAGAACAAUCAUGCCCCCUCAGAUACCAUCCCUGAAAGCCCCAAAGUGGAGCAGCUGGUAGAAUCCCACAUCCAGCACUCCCUUAAUGCCAUCUGCACAGGGCCAGCAGCCCAGCUCUGCCUGGGUGAGCUUGCCGUGGUCCAGAAAUCCACACACCUCAUUGGCUCUGGCUCAGAAAAGAUGAACAUACAGAUCCUGGAAGACACCCACAAGGUACAGCCCCAGCCCCCUGCAAGCUGCAGCUGCUACUUUAACCAGGCCUUCCACCUUCCCUGCCGCCACAUCCUAGCCAUGCUCAGUGCCCGCCACCAGGUGCUCCAGCCCGACAUGCUGCCAGCUCAGUGGACGGCAGGCUGUGCCACCAGUCUAGACAGCAUCCUGGGCAGCAAGUGGAGUGAGACCUUGGAUAAGCACCUGGCAGUGACUCAUCUCACUGAGGAGGUGGGUCAGCUGUUGCAGCACUGCAGCAAGGAGGAGUUUGAGCGGAGGUACAACACUCUGCGGGAACUGGCUGACAGCUGGAUUGGACCUUAUGAGCAGGUCCAACUCUGAUUAUUCUCAGUCCCCAGAGAUGCUCGUGCACCUGUGCACACUCACAUCUGCCCCUAUACACACAUACACACAUAGUUACACUGUUGUACUUCCGUGGUCCCUCCUUCCAGAAUAAGGAUAAGGUUCAAGGGUCUUCUCAUCUACCAUGGCCUGCUACAUAGCAUGUGUCUAGCUCCAUGAGACGGGAGUCAGCAAAUCUUAUCUGUAAAGGGCCCGAUACUAAAUAGUUUACUCUGUUGGCCACAUACAGUCUCUGAUGUAUAUUCUUGGUUUUAACAUUUUCAUAAGGAAAAACAUUCUUAGCUCAAAGGUCUUA